CCUGAGGCCCGACUUGGGUACCUGAGAAUCUAGUUGGAAUUUUUUUCCCUCUUUUACUCUUUCAGCUUCUUAGAUCAUUUUCAUCCAAUAUUUCUUACAUGGCUAGCAAUGCUGUAGACGCCGCAAGGAACGCGGUCAACCGGCCGCGGAAUGCUGAUCUCUCAAGGAAUCCUUUCCAGUCCUUGCAAUCAGGCUACAAUGUCGCAAUUUAUAUCGUCAAAGAAGUCCUUGGUCUCGAUCCAAUCAUAGUAGUGAACUUGUCUAUCUUCCUGGCCGCGGCUUCAACUGUAGGGAGAUAUUUCACAGGCUACCUGUACUCGUAUCUCAAGAGCACUUACAUCUCGUCUGUUCGCAUCCACGAGGACGAUUCAUUGUACACAUAUGUUAUGAAAUGGAUGACGGAUCACCACCUGCAUACUAAACGCUUUCGCAGCGUCAAAGCAAAGCUAGUGCAGAAGACGACUAUCGAGGAUGAAGAAGAGGCAUUUAAGCUCAUAUCCAAGGGCCAGCACUCUGUCCGCCUAGCCGGAGAAGCCGGGCAGGAGGGCAAUCAUUUGAUAAGCUACCGUACAAUGAUGGGCCGGAAUCCGAUACAGUUUCAGCCAUACCAAAUGAGCCAUAUCUUCUUGCACAAACGUAAUGUGUUCCUUUUCAAACACGCGCUGCGGAGUACGCCACAGCCGCGCGGGCUUUCCAUGAGAUUGACGGGCGAGUUGACGAUCGAAUGUUUGGGACGAAGUCUCGAUCCCGUGAAGUCGCUGCUGGAAGAAGCGCAGACAUAUUUUUUGGAAAAGUCAAUGAGCAGUACCGCAAUAUUCCGAGCAAACGGGCCCGGAUGGGCCAGGAUCACAAGUCGACCCUCCAGAGAUAUUGAUACCGUCAUUCUAGAGAAGACGAAGAAGCAGAUGCUGCUGCAAGACGUCAACGAAUAUUUGCAUCCACAGACAAGACGGUGGUAUGCCAAUCACGGCAUACCCUACAGACGGGGCUACCUAUUCUCCGGUCCGCCAGGCACAGGCAAAACAAGUCUCACUGCAGCGCUUGCCGGGGUCUUUGGCUUAGACAUCUAUGUGCUUACUCUAGUUGACCCAUAUUUGACUGAGGAGAUCCUCGUACGUCUGUUCUCAAGCGUGCCGUCACGCUGCAUCGUGCUUCUCGAGGAUAUCGACGCUGCGGGUCUUAAGCGUGCUGAUGAACUCAAGUUAAAAAAAGUCAUCGGAGAUGAAUCCGCAGAGGACAAAGUGCAAUCCGGCCUGCGGAAAAAGCCAACAGCAAGUGUCAGUCUAAGCGGGCUUUUAAACGCAAUCGACGGCGUUGCCAGCAGUGAAGGAAGAAUUCUCAUAAUGACGACGAAUAAGCCGAAGGAAUUGGAUCAGGCUCUCAUCAGGCCCGGCCGAGUCGAUUUGCAUAUCCAAUUCACAUUGCCGCAGAGGCCCGAGAUUGUUGAAAUGUUUGAAAGCAUGUACCGUGGAGCCGAGAUGAGUGAUACAUUGCCAGUCGGUCAUGGUUUGCGCGCGCUUGUUGGACAGCAGCCAGGAUCAGAUGAUGGAAACCCCGUCGAGAAGGACAAAUUCGAGGUUAUAAACAGUCAUCCUAUCACCAAAGAAGAGCUGGUGAGGCUGGCAGGCGAGUUCGCGGACCAAUUGCCGGAAAACAAGCUCAGCCUAUCCGCAAUCCAGGGCUUCCUUUUACGAUUUAAGCACGAUCCAAGAGCCGCGAUAGCGAACGCUAAGCAGUGGAGUGAUGAAUCACUCAAGACGAUGGAGGAGCUCGACCGCUAGAUAGAUAUGUCAAUACGAGAUUCUCAGUUACACCGAGAAGAC